GGUACACAUUAUAUUUUCUCAGCAGGAAAAGAUAAAUUGGUGAAAUAUUGGGACGGUGACAAGUUUGAAAAUAUUACAAAACUUGAAGGACAUCACGGUGAAGUAUGGGCAUUGGCAAUAAGUAGACGAGAUGAUUUACUUGUUUCUGGUUCUCAUGAUAGAUCUAUUAGAGCAUGGGAACAAACUGAUGAAGAGCUUUUUUUGGAAGAAGAGCGAGAGAAAGAGUUGGAGGAAUCAUAUGACUCGACCUUGACAACCUCAAUGGAAAAGGCGACACUCGAAGACAAUGUUGAGUCAACUUCUGCUGGAAAACAAACUAUGGAAACACUCAAGGCUGGAGAACGUAUCAUAGAAGCAUUAGAUAUCGCUGACGAAAAUAAUGCAGCUUGGGAAACUUAUGUUCAGCUUAAAGAGCGAGGACAAAAUCCUGGGCCACCACCUAAGCCUAAUCCUAUUCUGGUUGCACUUGGCAAUUUAACUGGGGAUCAAUAUGUUCUAAGAACUAUUGAAAAAAUAAGGUCUUCAGAAUUAGAGGAGGCAUUAUUGGUUUUACCAUUUACUAAAGUGAUUUCUUUAUUCCAAUAUUUGGCGGAAAAAUCGAAAGACCGUAUUUUUGAAGCAGUUCGAACCAUUCGAUAUGGA